CCAACCCACCCUUUUUUCCACUAAGCAGCCAACCUUUCUUUCCUCUCUACUUCUUUUUUCUCUCUUUCUCUCUCUUAAACACACUAAAUGACAAAGCUUACUCGAAAGAAACUGGUAGUCGUAGGUGACGGUGGUUGCGGAAAAACGAGUUUGUUGGUUGUUUACCAAAAGGGAGCCUUCCCAGCCAGAUACGUACCAACUGUUUUUGAAAAUUACAUUGUCAACGUUAAACUGGAUAAUGGAAAGAUGGUCGAAUUAGCAUUGUGGGAUACUGCUGGCCAAGAGGACUAUGACCGUCUACGUCCAUUGUCAUAUCCUGAGACCGAUGUCAUUUUGAUGUGCUUUGCUAUUGAUCAGCCGACCUCGUUCUCCAACAUUCAAGACAGAUGGCUCCCUGAAGUGACUCAUUUCUGCGAAAAUAUACCGAAACUACUUGUUGGCAUGAAGAUAGAUUUACGCAACAACAGCACACGUGUAGCUCAACUAAAUGCAGUCGGACAUAAAUUGAUUUCAUACGAAGAGGGUGAGGCUCUAGGUAGAGAAAUCGGAGCAAAGUACUAUGAGUGCAGUGCCAUGGAAAACACCAACGUCACUGAGGUCAUAGAAGCUGCAACAAGAGCAGCCGUGUCUGGUAACAUGCGACGAUUACAAAAGAAGAUAUGCAACCUGCUUUAAAAGAAGAAUAUAUAUAAAAAAUAGAAUAACAUUAGAUGUGUGCCUACCCCCCAUUGCAUCUCUCUCCCUCCCACACACCAUCAUGUUUCUGUUCUUCUCGAUACCCUGUUACAGUACACUCAUAGCAGCCCUCUAUUUGAAAAAAAAAAAAGCGUCCGUUCGACUCAUUAAUUAAUGUAUAAUUUUUUUGGUUUUAUUUGAUUUUGGGAAAAGAAAAGGUGAGCGCAAGGGACAAGUCAGUUGCCCUAUAGUAUGUGCAGCCUUUUUCAUUCUCUCGUGGUUGUCGAUAACCGAUAAACCUCUCUUGCAAAUGUCCAGAUAUACAGAAUGAACAAACUAAGUUAAAAAAAAAAAGGAAGGAAAGAAGAUGAAAAAUGUGAAAAAAGAAUUAUGCAUAGUUAGAAUAC